CUGACCCGGGAGAUGGGUGGGGAGAGGCAGCGGGCGAGCUGGGCCGGGCUGCAACGCCCCUCGCUAUAAACCGAGGGGCCGGGGAGGGAGCUCGCGGAGCGCCCAGCCCCGCCGAGCCGCGCCGAGCCAGGCACAGAAAAUGGGUAAUAACUGAAGACGACCUCACAGCAGGAAAGUGAGAUCAGACUGGCAAUGCAUCAGUGAGUGGCGUGAUUGAAGACAAGACGAAAGGGAAGCUACAGCAAAGGAUAUAUAAUACCUGACAUAUUAAGCACCAGAGAGUUUGCAACGCAUUCAUGCAGCCUUGAUCAAAGAAAGAAAAGAGAGAUUGCUCUGAUGGAUAAACAUGAAAGAAAAAGACCAGAAGAUUAUGUGGAAAUAUCCAAGAUACCUGGAGUAUCAGGUGUGAACUGCAUAUUUUCUUCCAGAAACUAAGUUGCAGCUGAAGAGAUCAAAAUGGUCCCAAAUUACUCUACUGAAGAAACCAUUAAAAGAAUCCACGUCGACUGUCCUGUUUCAGGAAGGCACAGUUACAUCUACAUUAUGGUUCCAACUGUUUACAGCAUCAUCUUUAUCAUAGGCAUAUUUGGGAACAGCCUGGUCGUUAUUGUCAUUUACUGCUACAUGAAAUUAAAAACAGUAGCCAGCAUCUUUCUUCUAAACCUGGCAUUGGCUGACUUGUGUUUUUUAAUAACUCUGCCACUCUGGGCAGCCUACACAGCCAUGGAGUACCAGUGGCCUUUCGGCAACUGUUUGUGUAAGUUAGCAUCAGCAGGGAUAAGUUUCAACCUGUACGCCAGCGUUUUCCUCCUCACAUGCCUUAGUAUUGACCGGUACCUGGCCAUAGUACAUCCAGUGAAGUCCCGAAUUCGACGUACCAUGUUUGUUGCCAGAUUAACUUGCAUCGCCAUCUGGCUUCUUGCCGGUGUGGCCAGUUUGCCCGUCAUCAUUCACCGUAAUAUAUUCUUUGCUGAAAACUUAAACAUGACAGUCUGCGGGUUUCGCUAUGACAACAACAACACAACGCUCCGGGUUGGGUUAGGGUUAUCCAAAAAUUUGCUGGGCUUUUUAAUCCCUUUUCUGAUCAUAUUAACAAGCUACACCUUAAUUUGGAAGACCCUGAAGGCGGCCUAUCAAAUUCAAAAAAACAAGACCAGAAAUGAUGAUAUUUUUAAGAUGAUUGUGGCAAUAGUAUUUUUCUUCUUCUUUUCCUGGAUUCCUCAUCAAGUAUUCACUUUUCUGGAUGUAUUAAUUCAACUACACGUAAUAACAGACUGCAAAAUCACUGAUAUUGUGGAUACGGCCAUGCCCUUCACUAUUUGCAUCGCUUACUUUAACAACUGUUUGAAUCCUUUUUUCUAUGUUUUUUUUGGAAGAAACUUUAAAAAAUAUUUUCUUCAGCUCAUAAAAUACAUUCCACCAAACGUCAGCGCACAUCCAAGCCUAACAACAAAAAUGAGCUCCCUCUCGUAUCGGCCACCAGAAAACAUACGCUUGCCCACCAAAAAGACUGCUGCGCCCUUUGACACCGAGUGAUGCAUUUUGCAAUAUACUUUUUUUGAACAACCUUAUGAAUGAAGCAGCGAGAAUGACAAAACUCAUCUGCAGGCCUGAACAUCACAGAUCAUUACAGAAAUAUUAAAUCAGCUCAGAGAAAUCAGAAGGUUUAGCGGUGGCCUUUUAUUUUGCAUUGUGACGAGGACUGGUUGGUUUUCAUUUUGUUUUUCUUUACUGAAAGCAGCAUAAAUGACGGACAGGUAUGUCAGAGUUUCUGUUGGCAUUCUGACAUUUACUACAGAUGAACUACAAAAGAAGUGUAGAGAAAAUUCCCAGAUUAAGUUCAGAGGUCUUUGUGAAGGAAAAGCUUGAAAUUGCAUGAAUUAAGAACGAUCCGUUUCAUACAUACACGAGCUAUUCCAGAUUUUGUUCAAGGAGUUGAUGAAGCUACACUGCUUGUUUAGUCAUUUGGGUUUUUUUAAAUGACCUAAAUGUCAUAUAAUCAUAUUUAUAAUAUCUUCUAAAUCAUAUGCUAUCUAGAGAGGCCCAAUUUUAAACUCAAAUGGAAAUGUAAGGCCCUUGAAAUUGGUCUAAUAUUGAUUUAUUCUACUAUUUUUCAGUUUUAACUGGCAUUUUUCAUAAUAAUAUAUGCAAUAAAACGUACAUUUAUUUAUUAAAUACAGAGUAAAUAUAUUUUUAGAUUUAUAUUCCUAUUCCUAGAUUACAAACAUUACUUCAUAAACGCAUAUUUAUAUCCCAGUGGGUAUUUUUAUAGUUGUUUUUAAAAAUAUAUAUAGAUAUAUACACACAAAAAUGAGAUUCACUCAACCUUUUCUCAUGCCACACUGACUUUGAAGAAUAUUACAUAUGGAGUUGCCUCCAUACUCUCUGUAACUAGAAGGAAAAUUUGAAAACAUGAGUUCUGGGACAGAGGUGAUCAGAAAACUUCAACCUAUUUCUGUUUAAUAACCAUUGCACUCAAUGAGAGGAAUUAUUGACUAAUCAAAUCCACUCCAUUUUUCAAAUUUCUGGAUGUUUGAUAAACUCAUAAGCAAAAAAAGUGACAAUGUUUAUAUUACAGUUUAACUAAUAAUGCUUCUAGUCACAUCACAAAACACCCAAAACCAAACUUUAAUCUUGGCUUUUAUGGAAUUUCUCUCCUUUUGUACAGAACUAAGCCUAGAGGAUUUGCUCCCUGUAGAGCCUUUUUUUAACGAAUAUGGAUCAAAUUAAAAUUUAUGCUAGUGAAAAUCAGAACAAAAAUCUGGUUCAAACUUCCCAUACAAAUGAGAGGGGAAAGCUGAUCAGCACUGCAGGAAGUUUCAACUAAUGGUAUCCUUAGAUGUCCUUUUUACCUCAAAUCAUUAUAAUCAGGAAAUUUUUCUUCUCGAUUCACAUUUGUCUUCAAAGAUACACAAAUUCAUAAAUACUUCUUGGCAUAGCGAAACUUUUAAGAAAAAAUCCAAAACACUGCAUACAUUGUGCAGACAAUUACACGACCCUCGGGAAUUUGCAGUAUUUCUAAUCUUCAAAAUUAUACAUCUAGUGCUGCUUUGUCUCAGGUAGCAGGUGGCUGAGUGUUUUCUGAUUAAAAGUUUCUUGCAUAUACACAAGUAAUUUUAAUUUUUCUUACUACAGAAAAUUAUUUUAAAACACAACAAAAAAAGUUAUUUGUGUAGUUUAAAUACUUUAAAAAACCAGAAUGGGACUACAGCCACGACUGGGAAUCUUGUGCCUCUUCCUGCUUUUUCAUUCACUUAUUUUAAGGCGUAUUUCUUCAGUUUUGCCUUCAUUCUUCCAGCUGGAAAAUUGGAAAAACCUCUAUGUAUGUAUGCCACAAGGCACUGUAAGGAUUCACUAAAACUUCUGAAUCUGUACGUUAAAAAAAAAAAAAUGCUCUUUCAUUAAAAGUUUAAUUCAACUGCAAGCUAAUACCUCAAAUUCUGAGACCCGAAUGUGUCGUUUAAAGACACAGUUCAAUUAUUCCUGUUAUAUGUAACGCUGUAUAUUUAGCUUUUAUCUAUCCUUACAUGUGCACGUGAGGCAGUCAUUGUUUAAAAAUGAAUAUGGCAAUAGUUCCAUGCCUUGGAAAUAGCAUCCAGAAGAGCACCACUGCCUCAGCACGCCAUCAGCUGCGGAAGGACUGAGGGAGUCCCGCUAUUUAUCUGUAUGAUACUUUGUUCAUGCGCACAUGCUGAGCAGCACCAGGAGCCUCCCCUGGCAGCAGCAGCUCUGCCUGGCAGUUCAGUGUGCUGUGCUUGCCACCUGGUGGAUGAAGCCACAGAUUUAUGUUUCACAAAACUUGUUCUAGGAGGAGACAGCACUAUUUCCCUGCCUUCCGAUGGAUUUGGAGAUCCUUACCUUUGGCAAACUCCUGUAGAAAUGAAAUACAAAUUUUCCCAUCUGAGGGGGAGAUAACUUCCUUGACAGGAGCUAAGUAAGCAUUUCCUAAUCACCUUCUGAUCCUCUUUGUCACUGAAAUCCAGCGUCCAACAACCACAAUAAGUAGUUCCUUCUCAAAACGUUGAUUGCAUUACCACAAAAGCCACCCCACAGAGAAGAAAUAUAUAUAUUUAUGUGUAAAAAAUGAAAAUCAAUGCAUAUUUGCAGAAGUGAAAACUAAUUAUUUAGCUGAAAGGACUUAUUUAUCACCACGGGGGAAAAAAGAAUCGGAAUCGAUACAUGAACGAUAAAAAUGACUGUAUUACAGCAGGAAACGAGAGAAGCCAUUGGUUAGGGAUCUUGGCUAUUUCAUGCUAGAUCCUGCAUUUAAGAGACUGUGUCAUAGGCUGCUGGUGCCACCUGUGCCAACCUGCACCGUGGGAAAAAGCAUGAGCAGGCACAUCGGGCUGAAUUGCUGCAGGAAAAGCAGGAAGGGAUUGCAGCAGGUGCACUUCGAAGGAAAGCCUGACCUUGAAUUGAUAAGCAAAGAAAGUGACAGGCAAAGCUGCUGUUAAAUAAUGCUGGGAAAUUUUUGUUCUGCUAAGGGGAUUGGAAAAUUGUCAUCAUCUGCCAAAUAUCCUAGUUUAGUGUUUCUUAAAAAAAAAAAAAAAAAAAAAGGCAGCAAAUCAAUAGAUACUGAAAAGUAUCCAGAGAUAAAAUCCUACAGUAGCUCUAACUGAGCAGCAGCAAAGAUCAAAUAUUUGGAGCACCGAGCUAUGGUGUAGAGCCACAUCCUGCAGUUCAGGCAUCCCCACAAAGCCCCAAAGUGACAGCUAACUGAAGAGCUCCAGUUUCCCUCUGCACAACCAAACCACUUCCACCACACAUCUGUCUGCAAUGAACGCAGGUGCUUAGAAAGACAUUGUUGCUGAGCCUUAUGCUCCCCUGCCCAUCUGCUGGCUGAAAAUACCGCGCUGGAUGUUGGACCCUUGGCUGCAUGGCCUCUACUGAGGCGCAGCAAGGGAAUGGCCAGAUUAUCCUUUGGUGCAAGAAGAUACUUCUUGCAAACAGAGCAGGAGGGAGUAAUGACUUCCCCAUCUUUGGCAAACUUGGGAUCGAGCCAUCUUCAUUUCAUAUCAAAAUAAGACCUAGCUAUGUAUGUUUAAGAACAAACUUCCACUAUCUUAAAGGACAAAGAGUUAAUAAAGAUGCAGUAGUGUGCUGUUAUUUAAAAAGGAAGUAUCCGGAGUGCUUUUCAUUCUCAGGACAACCAAAUUAAAAUACUUGACAAAACUCUUAGUCUGUCCCUGUGCUCUCCUGGUGUGAGGAACUCAAGCAAAUGUUAAUGGGGCAGCGUACAGCCAGACCUAAAUACUGGGGUCACUACCCUUGCUCUGUCAUAAUUAUAUUCUGUUGACUUGUUUGAAUAAUUUCUUUCUGCUGGCAGAAAAAUUAUUAAAUCACAUUACAUUUGACAUGUACAUGUAUAAUAUUUAUUGUGUGAUAGUACUUUAUAUGACUCGUGUUUCAUGCUCUGCUCUACUUGCUUGUCCAUUUCAUGCCUAUCCUAAAUCAUACUGUAUAAUCUGCACUGGUUAGCCUAAAUUCCAACAAAACAGUUACAGAUACAAUAGGGAUUAAUUUGGCUUGUCAGCUUAACACUUUCCUCAUGUUUGUGUUGUUAAUCAAGAUGUUGCAGAGUAAGCAUGAGGCCAGAAGUUCUCUUCUGUAAGUACUAUUUAGGUAAUGGUUUUCAUCAUCUACUUGAAACGAUGGCAGCAGCAGAGAAUACAGUAUGAUUCCCGAGUUUGGCUUAAUUUUGCUUGCACAGCUUCAGCAAUGAUUUAUCUUCCUGACCCCCUUUUAAAGUAUACUGAAGUGCAAGUAUUCAAGUGAGAAAUUUGCAAUGGAAAGGAGUAACAAAAACUUGGGAGGGAGCAGAAGAAGGCCAACAGGGACUUAAUGAUUUUGGAAGUACUUAGUGUUACAUGUAAAUACUUAGUUUUAUUUUUUUAAAAGAUAAAAAAAGAACCUAAUAAUAAAUAUUCCAGAAAGUUUGGAGAGGCACUUUUAAGUUUACUAAUAAUGUCCUGCU